AUGGAAGCGCAUACCCAGCUGGCUAUAAGAUCCAGCGAGCUGGGGCCGCGCUUCACUGCUGGCGACCGCCGACGGCUGUGGCAGCAGCUAGCCGACCAGCUCAACACUCAAGGCCCCGUCGUGAAAACCACCGAGCAGUGGCAAGAGUGGUGGCGGAAGCAGGUGUUCGAGGCCCGCCGCAACGCUGCCGCACUUGCCCAAGAACAAAGAAGCACAGGAGGGGGGCGGCUACGUGGCUUUCAUGGCCGAGUCCUGGAGCUCACCGGGACGGUCCGCCUCCACGGUGUGACCGACCUCCCCUACCAAGAGCAGGCUGACGUCCCCACCUGCGCGAUGGAAGUCGUCGUGCAAGACGAGGCUGCGGGCGUGAGCACAGCGACACCGGCAGAGGAUCCACCGCGCGGCGCGGCGCCUGCCGAAAGGGUGGCCGCUGCACCUGUGUUGCAGCACCCUGUUCGGCCACCACGUCGACAGCGACCGCGACGGGUGGAUACCCUGACGACGAUGUCGUCGCAGUGCGCCCGCAGCCUGGAACAGGGCGACGAGGUGCUGCAGGUGCUGCGCAGAAUCGAGGCCUCCACAACCCGCCUCGCUGUCGCGGCAGAGCGGACGGCAGCAGCCCAGGAGGGGAUCCUGGAGCAGGUGCGCGCCAUAGCGCAGGACAUCACUGAGCACCUGCAGCAAGCGAGACAUUAA